CAAGAAUUCAACAGUGAUGUCGACCCCUCUCAUACCAGACGCUUAUGUUCUUGCAAGCCUAAUGGAAUCUCACUUCAAAGAACUCGAUCUGAUCCCGGAACUGUUUCUCCUGAACAAAGAAGAAAUGCUUUUCAUACUGGAAAAGUGCUUCUCACACUCUUGCCUGGAGAAGGCUAUUGCAGAAAAAAUUGCUGUCGAUAAAAGCGAUUCAGCCGAUCAGAUUAACCCCAGUCCAGUUGACUCUGCUCUUCUCAAGGACUGCGUGGCGCAAGUUCGGGUGGCCAGCAAAAAACGCUUCAUCAAAAUUGUGCAUUGCUACCUGCACAAAGCAGGAAAGGAGAAACAAGCUCAAGAAUACCUCGAAAAGGUGAGCCCUGCAUCCCGGGUCGAUCACUUGGAGUCCGUCAAGAUGUGGAAUUACCUUACUCUGCCAUUCCAGGUGCUCAAGGUAAUGGAGGAUAUGGGAUUAGGCACAAGCCCUUUGAGUUUCUCCAUGCCUCCAGCACCACCUGAGGUUUUUCCCACUCCGGCACGGGGCUGGAGGCCCGGCCAGGCUACUGCCCACGGAUGAGGCUGGCAUUGUGCCUGAGACCGAGGACAGACCUUCAACAGCCGUGGAGCCUAACUCUGUUGGACUAGUUCUUCACGUUGGUGAGGUUACAGACCGGUCUAUGAUGGAUGCUGCAGCUGAAGACAAGAAGAAGAAGAAGAAGGGGGUGAUGGAAGUGGAGUCUCCUCUGGCACAGACUGAGCAUUACACAUUUAUCCUGUUUUCUUUCUUUUUUCUUUGAAGACUACAAUUGUCCUGGUUUUAAUCUGGUUUGUUAAUUUCAGAUUUCUUACCGUGUUUGUGGCAUUAGAACGAUUCGAUA